UUGGAGAGAUUUUGAAGAAGAUGGAUUCUGGAAGCCCUUCAACAGCUGAAUUCAGCCGUUACUUGACGAAAUUUGUGGUGGAGUGGAAUGCUGCAAAUGACAUACAUGCAAAGAAAAUGUUUGAGAUGAAGAAAAUUUUUACAACAUGGCAACAUUAUUUGCUACUAAGAGUGAAAUUGAAUUCACUUCUGGAGAGAAUUGAUCAAGAAAUGAAGAUGUCUCUCAAAUUUACAAACAAGGAAGAAAUGCGACGAAGAAUAAAUUCUAUUCAGAACCUGUUGAAGGCAAAAGAACAUCCUCUUGCUAUGCUUACGGAACUGGAGAAUUUAUGCAAGCAACUGCAAACCGAUGGCGAUAUGGCAUUUUUGAAGGAGAUGCUUCAAGAUGUAUCCCAUUUUAAAAGUAAAAUCAGUGAACAACAAGAGAGCUUGCAAUCAGAAAAUUCACACUUGGUUGAAAUAUCCUCACUUUGUGAUGAAUUAAAUCAUGAAAUAGAAAUGGUAGACAGAAAUUUGAUGUCUGUGAAAUGCUUCAUAAAUGAAGAAAGUUCUCUUAAUGCAAAAGGAAUGAUUAAGCAUGAACAAGCAGCUGAGGAGCAAAGGACUGUUGUCGAGAAAGCAGUAAAAACCCUGGAUAGCCUUCAUUCUUUGGCAGCUGAGAGGAAUGAAGAUAUCAGUAACUUUAAAUAUCAGGAAAGGAUCUUAUUUCAGAAACUUUUUGCAUCUGUUCUCAAUGACCAACUAAAUUUCAAAAUAGAUCAUACUACGGGUGAAAAUAGUCGCUGGAAAGCAUUCAAUAAAACUGGUCUUCUUCUACUUGAAUGGAGCAGAGGAAUAGAGGAAGCAAUGAAGCGCAAACAGACGAAAGAUCUUGAAAGUUUAAUCGAAGAAAUGAGAAUGACUAUUCAUCCUGAAGUAGAACAUAAAGUCAAAGCUUUUGAAGAAGCUAUUAGUUUUGGGGAAAUGCUUGUUAAAAGUGGAGAAAUACAAGAAAAUGGCCGUGAGUUAAUGGAAUCUUUGAAAGAUGUUCCAUCUAAAAUUCACACUUUGUUCCAUGAACGAUUGGAAUCUUGUAAUGCAUUAUUGGAAGACCAAAAAAGUGUUGAUGACCUAAUUCUGAUCCUUGAUCAAACCUUAACUGCUUCUGAAGUAGAUCUCCAGAAUGUGAUCAAGUCGAGAGCAAAGUCUGAAACAGAGAUUAAAAAUAAACUUGAUACCAUUGAGGCGAUACAAGCAAAUUUGGAGUCCCACAGCCAUCAGAUGAAUACUUUAAAUGAAAAUUUGAAUAAACUGGUCAUUAAGUCUGAAGAAAUAAAUUGUUCCUCGAAUGAAAGAGUACAACAAAUUUGUGAAAAUAUAAGCAAAAGAUGGAAUAUCUUAAAAGUGCAUUUAUUGCGAAGACAGACGAAAUUGAAGAAUUUGAACAUGGCAUGGAGUAAGGUUUUCAGUGGCCUGAAUUCUUUGGAAGCGUGGCUUAGUGUAAGAGAAUGUAUGGCGAGUGAAAUAGAUUAUUCAGUUCCUGAACAUUCAAGAAGUUCAUAUUUGGAUGGCAUGAGAACAUUUGAGAAUUUGAAUCACUCUGUUCAAGACAACAUCCAACUAUUGCAUUCCGUAAACCGAGAAUACCAUGACGUUGUAAGUAAAUGUAAAGAGGUGGAUGAGGAUUUAAGGCAGCGUGUCUCAACUGCAAAUGAGCGAUGGCAUAAACUAUACAAGAUCAUCAUAGAACAGGAAGAAAGGAUAAAAGAGGUUUUGGAAAUAUGGGAGGAAUUUGAUAGAAAGAAAGAACAUCUUUUGCUUUUCCUUACAGAAACCGAUCUGAAAUUGACGGCUUUAGAACAAUCAAAAAGUUGGACUGAGCAAGAGUUAGCUGAUAUACAAAAAGAGUUUGAAAUUCACGAAGAUGAUUUGCAGGAUUUGGCUUCAAUUUCUGUUUCUGUUCAGAAAUCAAGCCGAUGUUCUGUAGAGUCGAUCAAAGCUGACGUUAAUGAAAUAGAAGUCUAUUGGACACAGUUAUAUGAGCGGCUCUUUAGACUCAAAGAAAUUAAAGUGCUCAACGAAAAAUCCAUAUCCAUGGACAUUUCAUCAGAAAAACUAGAAUCUCCUGAAAGUAGCCUUGACAUAGCAGGUACUGCAAUCAUAGAAACACAAAACGAAAGCUCUGACAUACAAGUUGAUAUCAAUGUCAGCAGUUGUCCUCCAAUGCAAGAUGAUGAAGCAGUCAAGGUUGAUACAGAGGAAAUGCAGUUUUCAGUUGAUCUCAUCAAGGAAAAUGACACCCAAUCUAUUCAGGCAGAUAUUGAUACUACAGAUUCAUUGGCCGGAGAAGUUGAUUCUGAGAGCGAAGAUUUCGUCAGGGACUUGCUUGCUGCUCUACGAGAGGCUGAAGAACGGAUGGACAAUUUGGAAAUGGUUCUUUCUGAACUCACACCAGAUGGUUCUGAAGAUGAUGGUGGUCCUAAUUAUUCUCGUUUGGUAGCCGCUUGCAGGUCAAGCAUUGAUGUCAUCCAACAUCUGAAUCACUUCUUGCUGGACAACCAACUAGGACAAGAAAGAGUUGAAGACAUUCAGCACAGAACUAAAGGUAUGAUCAGCCGGUGGGAAAAAAUUGAGAGCACUGCUCUGGAUAAAGAGCACCGAUCACUAUCAAACAUCAGAAGGUGGCAACACUUUACAGAAAAUCUGAAAAAUAUUGAAAGUUGGUUAGAUGAAGCCGUCAAAACCUACAAAGAAGAGUCUGCAUCUGACAUUCAUUUUCGAAACAUCGUCAGUCUUGUAGAGAAGCAAAAAGAACUUGUAACUAGUAUUUGGAAUCAAAAAGAAAAUAUCUUAACUUUGAAUUCAACGGCCCUUCUCUUUAUGUCUACAGCGAAAAAGGUAGAAAAUCGAGAUCUGCUCAAUUUGAAACUGAAAGCUGUAAACGAACACUGGGACAACUUAUGCUCAACAGCCUUCAGCUGGCAACAAAAGUUACAGUGCGAGUUGCUUGAAAGUACAGAUUUUAAAAAUACCAUUUCAGAAAUGGAGCAGUGGCUCAAUGAGUCUGAAGAAAGAAUACAAGAAAUAUCAUCGAUGGAAAUGGAAUCUAAUUCUCAAAUUCACGAACAACAAACAGAACUUUACGCUCUGAAACAACAGUUGGAAAGCUGUUCCAACAGUCUAGAAAAUUUUACCGAAAUCAUUCGUUAUUUUCUGAAUGAAAAUUUGCAUGCCGGAAAGUCAUCUACUCCACCUGAGAAGGAACGAGUCUUGCAACUGCAGUCCAGAUUAGAACCUUUGCUGAAAUUGUGCCUAUCUCUUCUGGAUACUUGCAAUGAAAGAUUAUUGUAUUUCGCCAAGCUUUCAAGAUCUGAAAUGGGUGCUGAAGUCGAGAAACUUGUAUCAGAUGCUGUUUCUUCACUACAACAUCCUGAUGACCAACCUAAUCGAGCAAGAGAAUACUGUAGCUUCUUGAUGAGAGUGGCUCGAGCUUCUUUCCCUAUCCAAGCAGUUCUACUUCUUCUACUUGGAGCAGCCAUUUUCAUGCCCUUAGAAGAGGAAGAAGAGUUGAGCUGCCGCCUUUCCAACAACUUUGCCAAGUCUCUCAAUCCAAUGCUGCAUUACCCAGAUGGACCUCCCCCCGUUUAAAAUUUCGAAAAAUUGGACAACUUUUUUUAUGAUUUAGAAGAUAAGUCCCAUCAGUGAAACUAUUUCUCAUGAAGAACUGUGUUCUGGGAUAGAACUCUGUAAAUAUGUAACAUUAUGUGGUGAGAAAGAAUUGCUGGAAGCAUGAACUUAAAAUAAUUAAAAAAUUGAUGCCUCUUAUCAAGCUUUUCAAGUGUUUGCAUUUAGAUUUUUAAUUGAAAUUCAUCAAGGCAAAUUUCAUUACUUCUCAUUUUAUACAAAUGUCAAACUGAUUUAUUCUAAUCGAAAUGAAUUUAUGAGUUACCUUAACUGUAUUAAAACUGGUAUUGUUCCCCUUUUUUGAAAUGUUAUUGGCUGCAUUCUCAUAGAGCCACUGGUCAACUGCGGUUGGUUGAUCACAUGACAGCAGUUACAAAUGAUUGUUUACUAGCUGAUGCACCAUCAUACGCUUUCGGUAAAAAUGCGGUUACUUGAAGCAGACGAAAAAACACAUAGGUAAAAUAUUUUUUUUUAAUUGGUCAAAAAUGUCACAUAAUUCUAUCAAACAGCUUAAAUUGCGGUCAACCGUAAAGUUAUUAGAACGAUUUCAGCAACAACCAGUUAACCGGUAGCUCUAUAUGAACGCAAGCAUUAUUCUAAAUUAAACUUUAUUCCUUCAUUUUAAUUUUGUCUUGGCAACUUUGAUGCGAAGACAAAAUUAAAAUAAGUACGAAGAAAUAAAGUUGGCAAAUAGUCAGCCACUUUUUUAAAAAUCUUAACUGAAAGCCUUAAUACCUCGAAAAAGUGUGGAACAUUGCAACAGCAUGUUCAGUUCAAAAUUAUAUUUAAAUGUUAAAUAAUAUGAAUUAUAGCAUGCCUCACUGCAGUAAUUAAGAUUUUAAAGCUUAUGAUUGCUAUUGAAGAAGCACCAAACACUUUCUGCCUUGGCAGUAAUUUCAUGGCAGGUACAUGAUUAUAUCAUUGCUUGUCUCUAACCAAUUUACAUAACCCCCUUUUGUACUGCACAUUUGUUUUUAGACCAUAGGAAAUUUUAUUGUAUAUUUUUAUCUGUUGGUUGUGAUAUCAAUGUAAUUAGUCUUUCAGCUACGUGUUUGUUCCCUUUGGGAACAAAAUGCUACAGUGUUGAAAAAAGAUUCAAAUUUUAUGUUUGUUUUGUGGAAUUGGAUGUUUUAAUCGAACAAUUUAAUCCCGAUUUAAAAUAUUGACGUUGAGUUCCUAAAAUAUCUAAGAUGUGUAGUUGCAUCUGCUGAAACUUACUGUAAAAGAAGUGCCUGCUGAUUGACUGUAAAGCCUGAUGUGCCAUUUGUAUAAAGAAGUUAGGGUGCCUGUUUCUGACUGUCAAUCAUUGUGUAGAUAUGUAUUCUAAAAUUAUUAGUUUUUGUUGAAAUUAGCUUGACCUAAAUAAAGUCUAUAAAUGUU